ACGAUUUCUGAUAAAUAUCUUCAGUUAUUUUUCGUUGGCGCCAAUCCCGCUGACACACAACUCGUGCUGCCAUCAGCCAUCAGCUCACAUCGGAUCCAGCCAUCAACCAUGUCUGACGCCCCAGACCUCUCGUCUGUGACGAGCCAGAUUCUCAGCAACCCGGAGCUCCUCGCUGCGCUCACGGGCCAGCUGAAUGAUCUCGUUGGCACGACCUCGGGGCUCAUUGAGUCCCUGCCAGAGCCCGUGAAGCGCAGGCUGCUGGCGCUGAAGAAGCUGCAGCGUGAACACCUCAAGGUGGAGCUGGAGUACCACGCCGCCAUUGCCCGCGUCGACGAGGAGUUUGCACAGCGUUUCAAGCCCCUCUACGAUAAGCGCACACAAAUUGUGUCGGGCGAGUAUGAGCCAAAGGACGAUGAGCUGGACCACGCGCCGCUGGUGCCGCGGGCCGAAGACGAUGAGGAUGACGAGGAUGAGGAUGACGACGAGGGCGAGGGCGAGGAGGAAGAGGAGGGCGCCAAGGAGGGUGGGGACACGGCCAGCGACGCGGCGACAACAGACGGCACAGAGAAGAAGAAGCCCAAGGAGGGUGACGACACAAAGCCAGAGGCAGGCGCAGACACAGAAGCAGAGGCGAAGGAAGGUGACGAGGAUGAGGAAAGCGCUGGCGAGGACAUCAAGGGCGUUCCAGACUUUUGGCUCACCGCCCUCAGCAAUCACGAGCUCAUCUCGGAGCUGAUCCAACAAGACGACCAGGAAGUGCUUGCACACCUGCGUGACAUCCGCUACAAGUAUCUUCCCGACAACACGGGCUUUGAGCUGACGUUUGUGUUUGGCGAGAACCCGUUCUUCACCAACACGGAGCUCACCAAGACGUACCACCUCGACCCAAAGCCGGAGUCUGAGGACGAUCUCGUCUACCAGGGGCCAAUCUUCCAAAAGGCCGUGGGCACCCAGAUCAAGUGGAAGGAGGACAAAGACGUCACCGUCAAAGUUGUCAAGCAGAAGCAGCGCAAGUCACGCGGGCGCAAUGCCGGGCAGGUGCGGACGGUGAUGAAGAAACUGCCGCGGCCGUCGUUCUUCAACUUCUUUUCGCCGCCGCAGGUCGAUCCAAACGAAGAGACGCCAGAGGUCAUCCAGGCCGCAACACAGGUCCUCAACCAGGACUACGAGAUUGGAGAGAUUAUCCGGGACUCGAUCAUCCCGCAGGCGGUGCUGUGGUUCACGGGCGAAGCGAUGGACUACGAGGGCAUGGACAGCGACAUGGAGGAAGAGGAGGAGGAAGAGGAGGAAGACGGCGGUGAUGAGGACCUCGACAUGCUGCUCCACGGGCAGGGCGGCGACGACGACGAUGACCAGGAGGAGGCAAUGGGCAGCGGUGGGCGCGGGGCAGCGCGUCGCAAGCAGCGCCACCCAAAGCGCCGCGCAGCCGCUGAGGACGAGGACGAGGACGAGGACGAGGAUGAGGAGGAGGAUGCGGACUGGAAGCCGUCGGGCGAGAAGCCGCCAGAGUGCAAGCAGUCGUAGAUGCGUGCAGAAGUGCACCCGUUGUAUGUCGAGAUGCCCAACCAUGCGCAAAGUGUUGUGUGUGCUGUAUGUGCGUGACCUCAAGAAUCCUUGCGUGCGUGCGCGUGUUCCGUCUCAAUUGACGCUUCCAUAACCGUGGUGGUUUCCCCAUUUCCUUCCCUUGCUUCGUGUGCUGUCGAGUAAACCACACGAGCAACCGAGUCAUAAAGUUUCCGGUCCAUGCA